ACAAUUUGGAAGUCAGCGAACACUCUUUUCUUUCUGUUUUAUGCUUCUUUCAAAUAGCAUACGAACAGCAGAUGAGUUCGCAGUUAUUCAAAGUAGGUGUGCGUGUUUAUAAAUGGAAGCAUUUGUGCUGUUGAGGUCUAAUUUUGAGAUGUUGCUAAUUUUAUGUAUUCUUUACUAUUCGGUAUUCUUUGCUACGUGGAGCGCGCGAGGUAUUCAGAAACAAACAGCCUAGCGCGUAUCUAGAUUGAGUUGAAUGCACAGAAUGAGUUGGUUUCUGGAAUUUAAAAUGUAAAAAGACUUGAAUGUCAGAAGAUACGAAAUGAAAGAAUAGACUGAGAGGGUGUGUGUAUGUUAAAGUGAGUGGUGCGCUUCUGCACGCGCACGCGUCUCGCUGCAACAGGUGCUCGAGCAACAGCCAGCUACUUAUCUGCAUACGCUCUCCUUUUAAACCUGACUGUACUUAGGCUUUUUGUAUGAUUCAUAAAUAUAUUAAACGGUUCCCAUAGGUAAAAGACAAAUAAUGAUUCAAAACGAGAAAGGAAAAUGUUUAUUUUAAACAAGUUCUUAGAAACGAUAUCAUCGUAUCCAUAUAAAAAACGUUAAUUUACUACACAUUUUGAUUUAGGCUACCCUAAAAAUGUCAAGUGGUGUAGCCUUUAGUGUACACACACAAACGAUGUGAAAAAAAAUAAUUACAGUAAUGACCUUGACACUCAGGGUCUGAAGGGGGUUCUGUCUGCUUAUUUGUUUACUUUUAUUAUUAUUAUUUUGUAAACAAAAUGACUUGGCUUCCUGCAUGUUGGUUAUGCCACACUGACUGGUUUUUCACAAUAUGAAUACUAUUCUAAAACAAAAUUGUUUCAUUGACUAUUUUUAAACAAAUAAUUAUAAAAUAUUAUGCUAAACGAAACUUUUUUAUUUAUUUUUACAGUUGUCAGACAGUUACACCACCUAGACAUUUUUUACUAAUGCUAAUGCACUGACUUGUGUAUUAGUCAACAUAUUGAGGCAAUGAAAUGUUUAGGGGUCAGAUGACCAUCAGGUGACAUGUUCUCACCUUGCUCUGGGUGCAAGGUCAUCAAUAUCUGUCAAACUGCUGAGCCAUAAUUAUCUUAUGCAUUUACCAAGCUCAUUAAAGUACUUUCUUCAGAAUUACUCUUUUAAAACAUGUUGAUAGUGACACGUUUUCUAAAUAUUUCCAUUGCCGGUCUAAAGAUUGAAUCCAUGUGGUUAGAAUGUAGUAUGAUUGAAUGCAAGCACUUUUUCACUGCCUGUAGUUUUUUUUUUUGUUGUUGUUUUUUUUCUUAAUUUAUCUUAUCACCUACCUUAUGGAACACAAUGUCUGAGUUUGCAGGGGAAAUUUGAGUCUAUCAUAAAAAAGUUCCAUAUACAUACACCGCCCACUCACACUCACAAAUAUACACGCCCUCUUAGUGAGGCAACCCACGUGUCAUGUUCGUCUAACGUCCUUAAUGUGGUAACACAAUAAGCAUGGCUGCCCUUUCCAGCCAGACGGCUCUCUAAGUUUUCUCAGAAAUCUCAAAGGCACUUCAGAGAACUGUGUCUAUACAGACUCGCUGGCUGUCGAGUAAGUCUAUCUAGGUAUAGGUUAGGAUGCGUUAUUCAACUCUUGAGGCGUUUGACGUUUCAGCAGCAAUAUCUACAAUAUUGAAAAGUAGAUGUUGUGGUUCUGUUCUACAGAAAUGACCUGUGUUCAAAGUCAACAUGGAGUCCAGACCUAUGAGAGCUCCCUCUUCAGCUCAGAGUUUUUGAAUCCUGACUUCACCUCCAGGUUGGCCAUGGAUGUGACUGACCAGCGGGACCAGCUCUCCACACCCUCCCUGCCCAGCAUCACCUCUCUGGUCGGAGGCUACGUUGGGGAGUUUGAUACCUACUCAUGCCAGAUCGCCACAGGCGCUGCUUCUUCCUGUCCAGGUGGCACCUCCGGGCAGGACUCGUUCAAGCUGGACGACCUCCAGGUGUACGGCUGUUACCCAGGCACAUUCGCUUUUAGCUACCUAGAUGAGACGUUGUCCUCUUCAGGUGGGUCAAACUGCUUUGGAAGUCCAGCAUCUGCGCCGUCACCCUCUACCCCGGGAUUCCAGCCCAUGUCUGCCUGGGACAGCACCUUCGGUCCCUGCUCCCCCGAUGAGGGCUGCUGGGGUUCAGAGAAGCCUCUGAAUCAGGCCACCUCUUUCUUCACGUUCGGACAUGACGAGCUUUCUCCUUUGGGACAGCUGCAGCCACAUCUCCCAGAUCAGGAUCCCUUUUCCCAGUCCCAGCAACACGGUUCUCCACUUCCCUUCAGCCUGGAGCAAGGCAGUCGGGAUGGCUCAGGACUGAUGGACGGACACCUGUCUCCUAAAGUAAGGAGCCCCACAGGAAACGAAGGGCGCUGUGCAGUGUGUGGAGACAACGCUUCCUGUCAGCAUUAUGGGGUGCGCACUUGUGAAGGAUGCAAAGGCUUUUUCAAGCGCACAGUACAGAAAAACGCCAAAUAUGUUUGCCUCGCCAACAAAGACUGCCCAGUGGACAAGAGGCGGCGAAACCGGUGCCAAUUCUGCCGCUUCCAAAAGUGCCUAGCUGUGGGGAUGGUGAAAGAAGUUGUGAGAACAGACAGCCUGAAAGGUAGAAGAGGUCGUCUGCCAUCCAAGCCAAAAGUUGCUCAGGACUCACUGUCAGUGUCUUCGCCUGUAAACAUCAUCGCCUCUCUCGUCACUGCCCAUAUCGACACAAGCCCUGCCAGUGGAAAUCUGGACUAUUCAAAGUAUCAGGAAUCAGUAUCCAGAUUGUCUGAGAAGGAGGAUGCCAGCGACAUACAGCAGUUUUAUGACCUGCUAACAGGGUCAAUGGAUGUGAUCAGGAAGUGGGCUGGAAACAUCCCUGGAUUCAGUGCCUUCUGUAAGGAGGACCAAGACCUUCUUCUGGAGUCAGCAUUUGUUGAGCUCUUCAUACUUCGGCUAGCUUACAGGUCAAACCCUGAGACAGACAAACUUAUUUUCUGCAACGGUGUGGUUCUACACCGGACGCAGUGCGUACGAAGCUUUGGUGACUGGAUUGACUCCAUUAUGGAGUUUUCUCAGAGUUUACACCGCUUGAACUUGGACGUAUCGUCUUUCUCCUGUCUUGCCACACUGGUCAUAAUCACAGAUCGACAUGGUUUGAAAGAACCCAAACGGAUCGAAGACCUCCAAAACCGCCUGAUCACGUGUCUCAGAGACCACGUCUCCACAAGUACCCCUGAGGCCACCCGGCCCAACUACCUGUCCCGACUCCUGGGCAAACUUCCGGAGCUCAGAACACUGUGCACCCAGGGCCUCCAGCGAAUCUUCUAUCUUAAACUGGAAGACUUGGUCCCACCUCCACCUAUUGUGGAUAAAAUCUUCAUGGACACAUUGCCGUUCUGAAUAUAGAAUGGCUUUAUAAAUGGACAAUCGGAGUGACUUAAACAGAUGAAAGAGAUGGAUAUGAGAUGUUUGAAAUGGAGCACUUGAGGGUUUGACAAGUCAAAGGACUUUAUCGCUUACUGUUCUCUGCUUUCUUGGAAUGCAAUCAGAGAACGAUUACAUUCUAUCACACAGAUCACACAGUCUUCAACAUUGAACUCACUAAGAGACAUAACGAGAACCAUGCAUUUGGUUGAACGUGUUGGUAACUCUAAACCAGGGGUAGGCAAAUGUCGGUCCUGGAGUGCCGCUGUCCUGUACAGUUUAGCUCCAACCCUAAUCAAACAUACCUGAACAAGCUAAUCAAGGUCUUCAGAAUUACUAGGGCAACAGGCAGGGGAGGUUUUUUUCUGGGUUGGAGCUAAACUGUGCAGGACAUCGGCACUCCAGGACUGAUGUUGCCUAAACCUGCUCAAAAAAGACGUGGAGUUUCAAAUCUUGGUAUAUUUUAGCUGAAAUGUUGGCUUCAGUCAGUAGCAUUUCAGGUCAUUGAUUCAAAACAAGUAGCUCAAAAGCUCUACAUGUGACUUCUGGAUGAAAGAAGUCCUGUCAGUAUUACAGCUAUGUUCAGACAGCAUAUUUCAAUAGACAGAAUCUAAGAAUCCAGUAAAACAUCUUCCAACUUCAAGUUAGAAAUGCCAUGGACCAAAACAGGGAGUACAAACAGCAUUUACUUGGAUGUCUAAAUUAUCAUACAAAGCCUUAAAUACGCUCAAGUGCCAAAUAACUGUUUCCCAUAAAUAUGCUCCAAAACGUGCUUACAAUGAAAACAGAGAUUUACUAUGUUUGAGUACAGGACUGAUGUGAGUGCAUUGCAGGACUGUGGUACACUUGUCUAAUGUUUCAGAUCCAGUGACACUAGAAAUGUUAGUGUAUUUUAAGAGUCAGUAGUUUAUAUAAAAGAUUGAAAAGUCAUGGGAGAUCCAGUGCAGCUACUGUACAUGUACCACGUACAGCCUCUUACAUGCAAAUACUUUGAGUAUUAUUACAGACGCCUGCCUUAGUUUAGUGUACCAGUCAAACAGAGUAAUUAUAUUUGUAUGUAUGUAUUUUAAAGAUGUAUAGGUAUGACUAGAGCUUCUGCAGACUGCAACUUUUCUCAUAAUGACAAAAUCAAAAUCGGGCAUUCUGAAUUUUUUUUACAUAAAAUGAGAGGUAUUGCUUAUCUUUCAUUGAUUUUGUGCAGCUCUCUAAAUAAAAUACAUUUGAACCAAAA